AUGGAGGAACUGGACGCGGCUGUCCUUGGUGCAGGGUGGGCGGGGCUGGCAGCGGCGAAGACGUUCUCCCAGCUCAGUCCGAACAAGUCCCUGGUCGUCUUCGAGUCCGCCCAAACCUUGGGAGGGGUCUGGGCGAGGGAACGGCUUUACCCAGGGCUAAAGACAAACAAUAUGCUGGGGACCUACGAGUAUCCUGAUUUCCCCAUGAGCCCAGACAUGUUCGGAGUCAAGCCCGGACAGCAUAUUCCCGGACGGGUCUGUCACGAGUACGUCAGAAAGUAUGCCGAAAAGUACAGCAUCGCGGACAAGAUCCGAUACACAUCCCGGGUAGUCUCGGCGGAGCACAAGGAGUCUGGCGGCUGGUUGCUGAAAGUCUGCACAGUUGAUGGGCAUGACUCUCCGGAGGCUCACGACCCAGUCGAGUACCAGAUCGCGGCCCGGAAGCUCGUGGUUGCGACCGGGUUGACCUCGGAGCCGUUCAGACCCAGAUUCAACGGCGAGGGUACUUAUUCUGGCAAGGUAUUCCACAUCAAGGACUUCCCCAAGUAUGCAGAGACUUUAAACACAGCCAGGCGGGUCACCGUAUUUGGCGGCACCAAGUCCGGGUGGGAUGCCGUCUAUGCCUACGCCACGCGAGGGAUCCAGGUCGACUGGGUCAUCAGGUCGUCUGGUCACGGCCCCUCGUGGAUGGCCCCACCAUAUGUGACACCACCGAAGAAAUGGCUGGAGAAGCUGGUCAUGACUAGGCUGUUGACGUGGUUCAGCCCUUGCGUCUGGGGUCCUGCCGACGGCUAUGGCAGCAUUCGCAGCUUCUUGCACGGAACGAGAGCCGGUCGCUUCAUUACGGACAGGUACGACUCUCACCCCGAGACGGCCAAGAUCAAACCCUGGAGCCACCCCAUGUUUGUGGCCUCGGGCUUCUCCAUCCUGAACUACGAUACGGAUUUCUUCGAGCUCGUGCGCAGUGGUGCUGUCAAGGUGCACAUCGCUGAUGUCACCCGUCUCUCGGCCCGCAGUGUGCACCUGUCAGAUGGCACGGAGCUCGAGUCUGAGGCUAUGUGCUGCGUCACGGGCUGGAAGUGGACACCGCCGCUCAAGUUCCUCCCCGAGGGCAUCGACGAGGAGCUCGGUAUCCCGCACGCCCACACGCCCAGCCGCCUGAGCCAGCUCGUGGACAAGGCCGACAGGGAGAUCAUCGAUGAGUUCCCGCGCUUGAAGUACCCGCCCGUCCAGAACAGCAAACACGUCCCGCUCACCGAGCAGGAGGGUGUGUCAGCUAAUGGCGGUGCCGUCAACUCGCCCGAGUCAAACUCUCUGACCCCCUGGACGCUCUACCACUUCAUGGUGCCGCCAUCGCAGGACAUGUUGAAGCACCGCGACGUUGCCUUCGCAGGUGCUCUGAUGAACUUCAACGUCCCGCUCACGAUGCACGUACAGGCACUCUGGAUCAACGCGUAUUUCCGGGGGGAGGGCCUUUCCCUGCCUGCAACCACCGAGGACAUGCAGUACCAGGCUGUCUUGCACAGUCGAUUCGGCAAGUGGAGAUAUCCUGGGGGCCAUGGCAGCCAGUAUCCCGACUUUGUCUUCGACGCUCAGCCGUAUACAGACUUGCUGAUGCGUGACCUGGGCCUUCAGGUCCACCGCAAGAAAGGAUUCAUGGCCGAGGUUCUAGAGCCUUAUGGUCCUGAGGAUUACAAAGAUGUCGUUCAAGAAUGGCUGACGAGGCGUCGCAUUUUGGGCUUGCAGUAG